UUUUUCAGUGUAUGUGGCCGAAAUUCGGCUUUACAAAAGAGUUAUUUGCGUGUUUUGAUUACUUUUCGCGACGCAGCAACCUUGCCACAGUUUCUCGAACCGUGUCACUUAACUGUCAGGAACCCCCCACCACCACUCCCAUUCCCGCCCAGCCCCAUCCGAUCCCCGCCAGAUAUGUAUCACUCUCGCUUUCAGGGCUGGCUUAAUUAAUUUAAAUUUAAACUAGAGCUAGAGCGGACGCCUUAAGUCGUCGUCAAACAAAAGGCACAGAUACAGAUGAUAUCUGGGUAUGUGCUAUAUCUCAGUAUGUAUGCAUACAUACAAUGUACGGCACAAUGUUUAUUAUUAAUUUUAUAUAAAAGCAACAACAAUUAAUUGUAAUUGACUCAGUCGCACGGGUAGCGCACAACAGCCAAGUCGGAUUUGGAUUUGCAUUGGUCUUCGGAAUCUCUAACUUAAUUUCCAUUAUUUUACUUGGCGAUUAUGCGCAUCGAAGUUGGUUGUCUUCUGGUGCUCCUGAGCAUUUGUGGUGCAGCACGAGCGGAUCUCACCUAUCGCGGAAAUGCGGUUCACCCAGAUUUUCCCGGCCAGUGUUACUAUGAGGAACUCAACCAGGCCAUUCCCAAGAAGCAGUCAUACAAGCCAAUCAAUCGCGAGGGCUAUUGCCAAUCGAUCUACUGUCGGCCGGAUUAUGUCCUAGAAAUUGGCUAUUGCGGUCGCCACAACCUGGUGCCGACGGAACAAUGCAAGAUCGCGUCGGACAUGAGACGCACCUUCCCCGACUGCUGUCCCAAGUUGGUUUGCCAGGAGGCGGAGAGCAACUACAUCUAGGCUGGAUCCGGAUGCUAUGUAAAUUCAGCACUUAGUAUUACUUCGUUUGGAAUA